CUCCUUAGAAAUUCAGAAUUUCGCACGCAUAGUCUCCUCUAUUUCUAGUCGCAGUAAUCUUGAUCCUGUUACUUUUUCUGAGGUUGAAUCCUUACUCUUAGCCAAGGAAUUAAGGAUUCGUAAAUUACGUGAAGCCUCUCAAUCUACCCUGUUCUCUGCAAAUGUGGCCAAGCUUGAAGAAACUCAGAUUAUUAAUGAUUCUGACUCUCAUGAAUCCAGUGAUAAUACAUCUGCUCAUCUUGCUGAAGCUACUUCUUCAAAUGCUCGUGGUGGUAGUGGAUCAUACAGAGGUCGAGGUCGUGGAAAUUCCAGAGGUCGUGGUGGAGGUCGCUCUGGUCCUCGUUCAUCUGUUAUCUGUCAAGUUUGCAACAAACCUGGUCACCAUGCUCUGAUCUGCUACCAUCGAUAUAACCCUAGCUAUGCCUCUCAGCAAGCCACUCCUCAAGGAAACUGGUCCAGACCUCCUCCAACACCAAUGCCUAAUUUUCCUCCAGCUCAAUUCCAUCACCAAUCUGCCUACCAACCUUCUCAAAAUGCUCAAUCUCCAGGAUUUCAUAAUUGGCCUGCUUCACAUACUAAUCAGCCUUCUGCAGCUUGGGCUUCUGUCAAUAACUCCAUCUUAGGACCAGUACCACAGCCUCAAGCUUGGUUUCCAGACUCUGGUGCUACUCAUCAUGUUACAGCUGAUCCCCACAAUCUGCAGCAUAGUGAACUCCCUGCUAACUCUGAUAAACUCUUCAUGGGCAAUGGACAAGGUUUCUAAACAAGUUCUCUUAUAUGGCACACUUGGCACUGAUGGUCUUUACAGAUUCCAGUCCUUUCCAGACCUUCAUCAGUCCAGUGAUAUUGUGUUACAGUCUCCUAGAGUUUCAACAACAAAGAAGUCAUCUCAGUCUUAUUGUAAUAGUCAUUUCCCAAAUUGUAAUGCAAUAAACAGUAGUGUAUCUAGUCUGAACUCUACUGAUUCUUGUAAUAGUUCAUCUGCUGUGUUUUCUACUUGUAAACUUUGGCAUCUUAGGCUUGGUCAUCCUCAUAAUGAGGCUCUUAAGUCUGUACUCAAACAAUGUAAAGCUCCAUAUCAAAAUAAAAUUACUCUUGAUUUCUGUUCAGCUUGUUGUUUGGGAAAAGCAAAACGCUUACCAUCCUAUCCUUCUGCUACUGAAUAUACAGCUCCUUUUCAGCUCAUUUUUAUAGACUUAUGGGGGCCAACACCUGUAACCUCAUUUGAUGGUUAUUCAUACUAUAUUUCCUUUAUUGAUGCCUUUAGUAGAUACACCUGGAUAUAUUUUCUCAAAGCUAAAUCAGAUGCUUUCACAGCUUUCCAGAAUUUCUAUGAAUAUGUCAAUACCCAGUUUUCUCUCCAAAUCAAAUCUGUCCAAUCUGACUGGGGAGGGGAGUUCAGACCAUUUACUAAAUUUCUCACUGACAAAGGGGUUACUCACAGACUAGCCUGUCCACAUACUCACCAUCAAAAUGGUGUUGUUGAACGCAAACAUCGCACAAUUGUAGAAAAGGGUUUGACCUUACUUGCUCAUUCAUCUUUACCCUUCAAGUUUUGGGAUGCAGCCUUUGCUACCUCAGUUCAUCUCAUUAAUAGAACUCCUUCUUCU